CUCCCUACCAUUCAUUCACAACCAAACAAAUGCCUUAUCUCACUCCACUUCUCUUCUCAUUUUUCCUCUUCACAUCUACAUUUCUCUCCCCAACUUCUGCUGCAUGCCACGUGGACGAUGAAAGCGGGCUCUUAUCUUUCAAGUCGGGCAUAACAUCCGACCCGUCGGGUCUUCUCACUUCAUGGAAAAAAGGUACCGAUUGCUGCACUUCAUGGAAUGGUGUGUCUUGUGAUCAAGUCAACCGGGUCAAUAGUUUAUCGAUUUACGGAGAUCUCGCAAACUCAACGAAGUAUUUAUCCGGUACCAUUUCUCCCAAACUCCGUAAACUCAAAAAUUUAUCCGCAUUUUCUCUAGUGGAUACCCGAAAUAUAUCGGGUCCUCUCCCGGGUUUUUUGUUUCGGAUACCCAAUAUCCAAAUCAUUUAUAUCCAAAAUAAUAAACUUUCCGGUCAUAUCACGAAAUGGAUCGGAAAUUUGACCCAACUCGUUGCACUCGGAUUGAACGGCAACCAAUUUACAGGAAAUAUUCCAGUUUCACUCUCCAAGUUGACCGAGUUGAGCCAGCUUUUCCUUCAACAAAACCAAUUUUCCGGCAAAAUACCCGAAAUUUUUACUUCUCUGACGAAAAUCAGCUCUUUAAAUUUCUCUUACAACAAAUUUUCGGGUAACAUUCCGCAAACAUUAGCGCACUUGGCACCACAAGUAAGGUAUCUAGACUUGAGUCACAACCUGUUGACCGGUCAAAUACCUAGCUUUUUCGGAAAUUUUAAACCUCUCGACACGCUCACACUCUCGCACAACGGUCUCUCGGGAACGGUGCCAAAAACUUUCGCGAAUCUCACAAAAAUAUUUAAUCUCGACCUCUCGUACAAUCAGCUCGUUGAUCCAUUUCCGGAACUUAAAGUGAUCGGAAUCGACACGAUAGAUCUCUCGUACAAUCGAUUCAAUCUCGUUCAAAUUCCUAGCUGGAUCACUUCGUCCCCAAUUAUAUCAUCCCUCAAGUUAGCGAAAUGCGGAUUAAAAUUCAAGUUACAGGAUUGGAAACCGAAGACAGUGUAUUAUUACGAUUACAUCGAUUUAUCAGAUAAUUUAAUUUCCGGCAGUGCAGUGAAGUUAGUAAAUUCCACCGAGUAUUUGAAGUCAUUUGCGGCAUCUAACAAUCAACUGAAAUUCGAUUUCGGGACUUUAAAAAUCCCGAAAACGCUGAAAUCGCUUGAUUUGUCGAAGAAUUUAUUGUUCGGGAAGGUUCCGAAGGAGAUAUCGGGGUUGGAGAAGCUGAAUGUGAGUGUGAAUCAUCUGUGUGGAGCUAUUCCGGCGAAUAAGUUUCCGGCGGCGGCGUUUAAGGAUAACGAUUGUUUGUGUGGAUCUCCUUUACCGCCGUGUAAGAAAGUGUAGCAUUGAUUAUGCGUUGCAUGAGUGUUUGUUAUGAAUGGAUCACUUUUUCACGUGACUGAUAGUAAUGAGAUAAGAUUUGAAUUAUGUGACUACCCGAUCUUGAAGUUAAUAAUGGUGGUGUUUGGCCACGGCUUUUAAGCCGACUUCUGGGUUUAUAAGUUAGAAACACUUAUUUCGUGCUGUUUGUGUAAUAAGUUAAGAAGCAUUUAUAAGAAGCUGAGAAUGCUAGCUUUUGUUCA